AUGUCGCAAAAACCCCGAAAGCUUCAACGCGUCUCCAAAGCCUGCGACUUCUGCAACAGACGCAGCAUUAAAUGCGGCAGGAGUGCAGACCCGCUAGGCAGAUGUCAGAAUUGUGCGGAUUUUGACGUCCCGUGCACCUUUGAUCGCCCCGCGAAGCGCCGGGGCGUCAAGGCUGGCACCAGGGCUUCUAUGCGAGAGACUCCGUUGGUAGAAACGCCUGCCCCCGAGAAUGUCCUCCCUGUACCGCCUACAGGGCGGAUAUCAAACUCCUCUGUGUCUAGGAGCUACAGCGAGUCCGCCCACCGCCCGUCAUUGACUGGGGACCCAUGGUCUACCUUCAAUGUUGGUGGCGUGGCAACGGAAGUGUAUGAUGAUGAUAGCGCAUUGCGAAACUCAUGGAAUGCAUUUGCCAUUGCCAGUGAUCAUCAAAUCCGAAAUCUCGUGCAGGUAUACUUCGAGAUUGUGUAUCCAAUAUUCCCGCUUUUCCACAAGCAAUCUUUUAUUGAAAGAGUUAAUAACCAAGAGCACCUCCGAAAUCCGGGGUUGUUUGCCUCUACAAUGGCUGUCUGUGCGUUAGUUUCGGGACGCGCCCGAGACGGCGCAUUGUUCACUAAUAGAUGGCAUCGCGAAGAACUUGCCGAACCUCCAUCUGAGGCAUUUUAUGCUGCAGCGAAAGAUUCUAUUCCCCGAGACCUUGCAGCGGCAAGAGGCAUUAACUAUAUGCGUGCAUGCGCCAUUCUCGCAAUUGCCAGCAUUCAAAAUGGCCAGAUCAAGAAUAUGCAAAAGUUUUCCGGCAUGUACCAUACACUUACCAGUAUGGAGGGCCUUCAUGAUGAGAAGCUUUGGCCGAAAAACUUGAGUCCUAUCGAAAUCGAGGAGCGGCGAAGACUAUUCUGGUCUAUCUACACGUUGGAUAUUUAUUCUACCAUCGUAUGGGGAGGCGUGAUUCGAUAUCGCGAAGCGCAUUCUCUGGUAAGAUAUCCGAGUGAGGUUGACGAUGAGCUUAUCACACUACACGGCUACGGGAUGCCUCCCGUGUCUCCGGACUCGGGCGAUGUGACCGUUGUAUCACGGCAGCCUGUAGCAUGGCUUCGGGGCUGGAACUUUACGACAGACCUAUAUCGAAUUCUAGAAUACGUCGUCGACGGCAAUCGGCGUCGUUUCUCGGCAGCCAACGGAACCUCGCAGGUGUGGUCUCUGUUCACUCCGGCAUCCAUGUCAGAACCAGCAGUCAUGGAGAGGGUACUAUCCAUGUACGCCGCACUACCGUCGCAAUUUAAAGAAACACCACCCACUACAGGCGACAUGGCCAAGGACCUGUUCGGGUUCCAAUCUGCCAACAUCCAGGCAACACUGCAGCUCCUCCGGAUGGUGCUUUUGUCAGCGGAAGAGCUUGGCGUAGACCGCAAAUGUGACGUGGCCGGGGAACUUCUCAGUGUCUUCAGCAACGUUCCCGUGGAGUAUUUGAAAGCCAUCAGCUCCCCUUUACUCCAUCAUCUUGGCGGAAUCGGCUAUAUCCUCGGUUCUGUAAUGGAAGGAAGUUUAUCAGAAGCAUCCUAUCAACGCGUCCGCACGUUGUUACUCGAAAUGGCUGACCUCCUCGGUCGCCUCGAGACAGGUCUCCAGCGUGCCGCCGGCGCCAGCCAACGCCUUCGGUCGCAAGUAGACAGAAUCGACGGCUACAUGCGCACCUCCCGGCUAGUCAAUCUCACAUUGCAACACCCACACCCUCAACAUAACGCAAUCCCGAUCGAUAAUAAACGCGAGAUGCCUUUCCCACCCACAACAUACAUUCCUCCCAGUGGCCCAGUCCCGGCAGUCGGCCCACCGACGGGAAUGGGUGGGCAGAUGAUGCAGUUCCAGCUACCGCCGGAGUUGUUGUCGGAUUGGCCGUGGCCAAUGGAUGGGGCUCAUUCGGAUGGGUUCCUUCCGCUGGCGUUUGAAUAA